UUGCCUUUGUGUCAGUUUUUAUGAAAAUAUUUAUUUUUUGGGGCAUUUCGUCCCUUCUGUGAGCCAUGAUUAUUUGGUAAGACAUGGCGUCCAGUCAUCCUGAAAGCAAACGAUAAAAUUUGCGGAAUUGUUUUGGAGUAAAAAUAACGCUUGGAACAUUUUAAGAAGAUUCCAGACUGAUAACGUUAGGGACAGAAAACAUUCGAAAUGAGUGAGCGUCGUGUGUCUGGUUGGUUUGUGAUGUCUGCCGUGUUCCUGGUGGCAGUCUUCGGACUGUUUUUCACGUUCACGGAGCGAAAGACGUGGCCUGAGCAGCGCGUAGAACUCACAGCCACAGACAUGCGGUUGGCACCUCCUGCAUCUACACUGUGGUGCGAAGCGGUGACGUUGCAUUCCGACCACCCGUUUGUGGCCUAUCAGUUAAGUCAAGGUGCCCGCAUUAAUUCAAAGCAUUUGAGUCAUCAGAGAGUAAAUCUGCAACUGAAACUGGGUUCAACUCAACGAAGCAACUCAUUGAAACUAAAAUACUUUUUGCUAUCAUCAUCUGUCAUUGAAAUUGUGCCCUGUUCGUCCGUUAGCGGUGCAUUACUAAUGAUUUUUCAAGGCGAACAAGGUGUCCCAGAAUGCCUGCAAAGCUUUUCCAAUCAGCUCAUAUCUUCUAAUGAAUCAGUCGAUUCAGAUGAAAUUAGCUCAGAAGAAGAUGACUUUGAAUUUGUACCUCUCAUGCAGAUCUCAGAACGACUGAAAAACAAAUAUUGUUCUUCAUUGUUGAAGCACUUCCCCAUUCGAACGAGCUACAUGGACGGCUCCCACUUAUCCUGUUCCUCUUCCAUCGAGGUGAGCCCUGUCAAGAUCAAUGUCUCCACCUCCGACUCGUACGUGAUCGCCGUGCUCAACACCAACAGACAGGUGCACAACGAGAUCAAUCUGCAGAUCUUUCUGGAGCGAUCCAAAUACACGGUGCAGAAGACCGGACAAACUUUCGACAUGUGUAGUCUCUCCACCACCUGCACCAUUGGUCUUGGGUUUGGAACUAGCGAUCGUGUCCUGUUAUGGAUACCGGAUGAAGCUAACGCCGGCCGCACCAGCUUUACCAUUCGCAGUCGCUGCAAACCUCGACUGGCAGUCUUCGCCAUCCUUUCUGUCUUCUUACCGCUCAUAGUGUUUCUCGUGGUGGCUUUUGUUGUGCGAGCAGACACGGACAGAAUUAAAAAUCUCUACAACUGCCGAUCUAGGAACAGAAAUAACAACCAGCAGAGACGAGUUGGCGUGCCAUUGCUCCGUGAAGCUCCAGCAACACCGAUCAGUGGUUUUGACGCACCAACUAAUCAGAGAGCUGACGACAGAGGACUUCAGAGUGCUAUAGGGGACGAUGAGUUGCCCCCACCCUACCACACUUUAUACGAACCGCCACCUCCCUAUUCCGGUUUAAAAAGAGAGGCGACCAAAUAAAGAUUUUCUUGUGAGAAAUCUUCACAAAAAACAUGCAUUUCUGUGUUAGAUACGGGUGCUGGUUACCCAGGAUUGAUGGGAGAGAAAAAAAAUUGAAUGAACCUGUGAUUUUUUUAAUGAUUUAUUUUUUAUUCCAAAUUAAGUGAUAAACUUUGCUGGAAAACGUUGUAUGUGGUAAAGAGACACCCACGAAACACAAGAAAUUGAAACUUUCAUCAUAUUAUUUUUCAUUGUUCAUGCAUUCAUUUACAGCUGUAUUUGUUUUGUUGUUUCUUCUACUAUUUCAAAUAAUUUUGUUUAAAAAAAUCCAAAGUAUUUUUGCUUUAUUCACAAGAAUAUAAAGACAUUUGGAUACGUUGCGAUGUUAACAUUUACGAAAAAAAGUCAAAUAUUUCAAGUGAGUGACCAACUUUGAUUAUAUAUUUAAAAAGUUAAAACUGAAGGCCUCGGCGCGAGAAGGGAAUUGCUCCAUUUUAAAAACUUUCAGUAAUCACAAAGUAAAACUGUUCUGAAAAUUCAUUUUUAAAGAAUGCGUCGUUAUAUUCAACAUUUUGUUAGAAUACGUCUCUAAACUUAAUUUUUAUGAAAUACAAUGUGAUUUACCAGGGAACCACACGAAUAGUGUAAUAAUGAAAUAAACUGAAACAGAUAGCAAUCAAAAGAGGAAAGUAAGGCCCUUUCUUCACACAAAAAGUAUUUGCCAUCUGGUCCCCGUCAUCGAGACAUGAAGUCUUAAAGUCAGUCGAAAUUUUAUGGAAAGCACCAAAUUUAAAGACUUGGCGAAAAAUUGAAGGUACCAGAUUUCAACGUUUGCAUGUGGCAGGACAUCCAUCUGCAAGCGUGUAAAAGAUUAUUCCAUUACUCACCUAAACUCGCUAAGUUUGGCGAUUUUUCUUAAAAUUUCGCAGACUGUAAGAGCUUAUCUUUCGAUAAUGGGGGUUCAAGGGCGAAAAAUUUUUGUGUCAAAAAAGUCUCAAUAUGCUCUUUCAAAUGCUACUACAGUAGGGGAGUGUGGGGCAAAGUGAAAUGGUUAAGAUGACUGAGUUUUUUUUAAAUAAACAAAUCGGACAUUUGUUUUGAAAAUUGCAGUACACAAAGAAAGAACAUUGUAUUUUAUAAUAAAACUUGCCUUGAAACAGAGUUUUUUUUAUUUUUGGGUAGUAAAUUUGAGUCUUCAAAAAAAAGUGGAAAAUUCUCUUUUUUUUCAUGGGGCAAAGUGAAAAAUAAAAUAUUAUCCCAAUGAAAUGUAUUUUAUUCGAUUAUAAAAGAUAUUUUUGAUCAAAAGAAUCAGUAAAUAAAAGGUUGAAUGAGCAAAUGAAAAGAUAAUGAAACAAUAGAUGAAUAAUUAAAUGAAUAAAUCAAUUAAUGUGAAGAAAAAUGAGCGAGUCAAAGAAUAAAUGAAUAAGAAAAUAAGUGAAUGAAUGAAUAAAUAAGUGAAUUAACAAGUGAAGGAACAAAAAUAAAUUAAUUAGUUAAUGAAAACGUAAGUGAUUCAUAUUAAAUGAUUGAGUGAGUAAAUGAAACAAACAAUUUCACUUUGCCCGAUUCACUUUGUUCCGCAUGUACUUGACUAAUUGUACAAUUUAUUUAAAAUACAAAUAACCUUUACAUUAACUAAAUUAAUACUGCAUUGAAUAUUAGGAGGUCCCAAUUAAAAUUUAAAAUCUUUAAAAAAAAAACCUACAUCAUUUUAUAGUAAUAAAAAUAAUUUUUGACUUUCAACAAAAUAUUCCGAUAUGAGUACCAAUUUUUUAAAAUUGCCUAUACUACCAAAUGCUUUAAUCUUACGCGAUAUUUUCUGCCUGACUAGAAUAGACUUCAUAUGAUACUACAUAGUUAAAAUAAAAAAUUUUGAAAAAAAAAUAGAACCGACUUCAAAAUUGCUCUAAAAAGUGAAAAAUAAUUUUAUUCUUUAAACACCAUCGAUAAUAUUUUUAAACAUAAUUUUUGAAGUUGGCGCAAAAACAAAAAGUAAAAUCCAGUGUAACCAUAUGCUUCGUUCAUAUUUUUUUUCAGAAAACAUCCAAAGUAAGGAAUGAAACAUUUAUAUCGUUACUAAAAUAUGCUGUUAUCAAUGCAUAAUGUAUAAGGUAGAGAGGAAACUGGGCCUGU